AAUAACCAAGCAAUAAGAUCUGUCACUGAUGGCCCUAAACGAAGAAAAAAAAAAACGAAAUGUCAAAAUCCAAAACGACGAAAUAAUUUCAAAUUAUUUUGAAAGUGUUUUUCGUUCUCUUGAUAAUAUUUUAUUGUUCUGUAGUACGGACACUACCGUGAUUAGUAGUUAUUAAUGGAAUUUAGCCAAUGUAAAUGAUGGAGAACUCAUUUUUUGAGUAUCGUGACGAAACCGGAGUUGAAAGCGACUCUGAUUACGAAGUAAUCGACGACAGUUUAGUGGAACCGAAAGCUGUACUGAAGCAGGGAACAAACCGCACAGCAUUCGUGCCCGAAUCGGAAGAAUCUUCCUCUGAAGAUGAUUCACAACAGGAUCAACCUAAGCAAAAAAACUCCCAACGAAGCCUCAGAAAAAGUAUUAUCAAUACUCAUAUCAUAUCUAGCAGUGAUGAUGAUGGGAAUCAAAUCAUCAAAACAACAUCUCAUAGUGAGGCAGCAGUUAGCUCUUCUGAGGAGGAUGACGAAGAAUACUCCCCUGAAAUGUUGCCGCGCCGUCCGCAAUCAAUAAAAAAACCUACAGACCAAACUAAUAGAGUUCAAGGUCUCAAGAAUAAACGUAUGAUGUUUGAUUCAGAUUUAGACAAUUCCAUAACAGUUGAACACAACAGGCACCGGAAACAGAUGUGCUUAAAAGAUACGCCAAUAAAAGUUGAAGAUAUAAAGAGGAAGUCUUUGCUAGAUGACAGUAUGCGAGACGCAAGCGGCUAUGUGUCAAACGAUAAUUCAGAUGGCGAUAGUGCAGAAAAAGAGGACAGCAGUGAUGAAACGAAAUAUGAUAGUGAUGGUGAUGAACCUGUGUCCCGCCUAGAUAUAGAAGGACAUAAGAGUAAUAGUGAAAAUAAACAAAGUAACGAUGAGACUGUCAGUCAUGAUAAAACAUUAGACAGCGAUAGCCAAACACCUUCAAAGAACGACAGCAUUCGAUUCACUGCUAGAAAACUUAAGAAUUGCAGACAGAUUGUCAGCGAUGAAAGCAGUUCUGAGACUGACGAUGAACAAAAACAAGAAGUUGAUGAUCCCAAAAACGGAUCUCAUGGUAAUAGUAUAGAUGAUAAAUCUAAUUUAGAUUUUGAUGAUAAUGAGAAAUGGAGCAGUAAAACUAGUGCCUGUGAAAGUGAUUUAGAUGGUCCAGACGAGUAUGAGAUGGCAGUUAGGCGUGCAACACGGAAGAGUAUUAUGGGCUUCAUACCAAAUGAAAAUAAUGAUAGUGAUGAAUCUGACUGUAUACAAUCUGAUGAGAGCCACCGGAUAUCAGGACAUAGUGAUGUGAUGCAGGAAGAAAAUCAAAACAAUAAAGAAGGAUCGCGUUCUGUGAAGACGCCAGAAAGAGACGGCGAUAACUCUCGCCUCAGCUGUUCACCGAUCAAAACCCCUUUGCAUGACGUUACGAAUGUCAUUAUCGAAUCUGUCGAGAAUUCACCCAGUGCUCCUAAAGGUCUCACGAAUAAGGUUCAAAGUGAACUGGCGACCGAAGAAACAGGAAACAAGGAGAAUUAUAUUAAGUACGACGACGACGUCACUAUUGUUGAUACUAAACCGGAAGUGAUACAGUUGAGCAGUGAUGAUGAAGAUGAGGUGAAAAUCGAACACAAAACGUCUAACGUAAAAAAAUCACCCAAAAUCAAAAACGAAGCGGACAAGUCACCGAAAAAGUCCAGGGACAACACCAUAAAGUCGUACCUGGUGCCGCCCAGCUACCCGAACCAAGGCGUCGUCUACGUCAAGAAAAGCAUCCGGGAGAAUGAGCUGUUCAAGUUAAAUAGUUUGAAAGAGGAUCUACAUAAUGUUAAGAGACUUCUGCAACAAGUGGAGGUGAACACGCUGCCGGACGGCGGAGUGAAGCUGAUCGAGCGUCUCACCGGACUGGAGGCGGAGAUCCGACGCCAGGGAGACAAGGUCGCCAACAUGGUGGUCGAGCCUGAGAAUCCAACAAUAGAGGAAAUAGCUAAAGAUGGCUUCGAGAAGGGGCUCUCCUGGGAAGAGAUACAGAAGGCCAGCAUCGCCGUGCAGCCGCGGAUGUUCGGCAAACAAGCCAUGGCGAGCCACAUGGCGGAGCGGAACCUCAUCCUGGACCGGCUCCGAGACCUGCACGAGUCGCUGGCGUCCUGCCCGCCGGAGUCGCAGCUGGCCGCCCCGCCGCGCGGCCUGCGCUCCCAGCUCAUGCCGCACCAGCUGCACGCGCUGGCCUGGCUGCACUGGAGGGAGACGCAGCGACCGGCGGCCGGAAUACUAGCGGACGACAUGGGUCUGGGCAAGACCAUCACGAUGAUAGCGCUGAUGGUCAGCGACAAGGAGAACAGCGCCGAGGAUGACGACUCCGACGACGAGCGGCCCGGGGACAGCAGGUUGGUGCGCGGCGGCACGCUGGUGGUGUGCCCGGCGUCGCUGGUGCAGCAGUGGGCGGGCGAGGUGGAGAAGCACUGUGCGGGCGGGCGCCUCGCCGUGGCGCUGCACCACGGGCCCGCGCGCGCCCGCCACGCGCACCGCCUCGCCGCCGCCGACCUCGUGCUCACCACCUACAACAUCCUGCAGCGGGACCACGACAAGGGCGUGCUGUUCCGCGUGCGCUGGCGGCGCGUGGUGCUGGACGAGGCGCACGCGGUCCGCAACCACAAGUCGGCCACGUGCCGCGCCGCCGCCGCGCUGCCCGCCGCGCGCCGCUGGGCGCUCUCCGGCACGCCCGUGCACAACAAGGACCUCGACCUCUUCGCGCUGCUGCAGUUCCUGCGCUGCUCGCCCUUCGACGACCUGUCCAUGUGGAAGAAGUGGAUCGACAACAAGAGCUUGGGAGGGCAGGAACGUUUAAGCACCAUAAUGCGUUGCUUACUUCUGCGGCGCACGAAGAUGCAAUUACAGCAGAAGGGACAGCUGGCGUGUCUCCCGCAGCGCCACACCCACGAGCAGCAAGUCACUCUCUCCAAGAACGAGAUGAAUGUUUACCAAAAGGUGCUGGUAUUCUCGAAGACACUGUUCGCUCAGUUCCUCCACCAGCGCGCUGAGAAGAACUCUGAGCAGUUUGGUGCCCCUCUCCCCGACAAGGACUCGGAGUACGCGAAGAUGCACAAGAGAAUGAUCGCCUUACAGGGUGCUAAACCGGUCAAGUCCCACGAGAUCCUGGUCCUGUUGCUCCGUCUGCGGCAAGUGUGCUGCCACUGCGGACUCAUAGCCGCCAUGCUGGACGACGCCGCGCCCGACCUCGAUGCGGACCCGGCCGGCAACGACUUGCUCGACGAACUCAACAAAAUGUCGCUCGAGGACAGCCGGAAGGAGAGUUCGAAAGACGAUGAAGAUGAAUCCGAAGGUGUCCAAGAGGAAGGCACCACGGCAGCCGAAGCCAUAAGGUCUGUCCUGAGUCCGAACAAUCCCGUGUUCGAACUAACCAGGCCUUCAUCAAAGAUCAACGCUGUCAUGGAGUGUCUCAAAGAGAAUGUAUUUUCUAAGCCAGGUGAAAAGGCAGUGAUCGUGUCACAAUGGACAAGUGUUCUUCACUUGGUCGAGAAGCAGCUGUCAGCCAUGGCGGUCCGCAGCGUGACGCUGAGCGGGAGCGUGCCGGUGACGGCCCGGCCCGCGCUCGUGCACGCCAUCAACGACCACAACAGUGCCGUCAAGGUGAUGCUGCUGUCGCUGUGCGCGGGGGGCGUGGGUUUGAACCUGUGCGGCGCCAACCACCUGUUCCUGCUGGACCCGCACUGGAACCCGCAGCUCGAGCAGCAGGCGCAGGACCGCGUCUACCGCGUCGGCCAAGAUAAGACCGUGCACAUUUACAGGUUCAUGUGCGUGGACACCGUCGAGCAAUCGAUAAGGAAGCUGCAAGAAGCGAAGCUGGAGUUGGCCGACAACGUGCUCACGGGCGCUAAGAACACGAACGCUUCGAAACUCACCAUCGAGGAUCUCAAGAUGCUUUUCAAUAUGGGGCAGCAGCAGUAGCGCGCGAAUAUCACGAUGUGACAUUAAUAAAAUUUGUGUGUUGCGACACAACGAACCCGUUUGCUUAGUACGAGUUUAUUUACUGGUGGUAGGACCGCUUGUGAGUCCGCGCGGGUAGGUACCACCACCCCGCCUAUUUUUGCCGUGAAGCAGUAAUGCGUUCCGGUUUGAAGGGUGGGGCAGCCGUUGUAACUAUACUUGAGACCUUAGAGCUUAUAUCUCAAGGUGGGUGGCGCAUUUACGCUGUGGAUGUCUAUGGGCUCCAGUAACCACUUAACACACAGGUGGGCUGUGAGCUCGUCCACCAAUCUAAGCAAUAAAAAAAUGGCGUUCUCGAUAGCGUAAAAGUUAACUCGAAUUUCUAUGGAGUCGGAACGUUUGCCUAAAUUUGCCGCUAAAGGCGCUGUGCUUAGUACGAGUUUAUUAACGCUCUCGAUAGUGUAAAAGUUAACACGAAUUUGUAUGCAGUUAGAACAGCGCCCCUAGCGGCAAACGCAGGCAAACGUUCGAACUCCACACAAAUUCGAGUUAACUUUUACGCUAUCGAAAACGUUAAAAAACUCGGCACUAAGCACACAGAUAGUUGAGAAAUAGUUAAGAAGUUUGUCGUCGAAAAAUGGUGCCUUAUAAUCCGGUUCUCUUAUAGCCCGAAUGUGUGUGCUAGUUACGCUUAAAGUUGUCUGCGGAUUGGCCUGAAUUUUUUUUGGUAAUAAAUAAAAAAAAACAUUCCUAUAGAAAACGACGUUUUUAAAUAAAUAAAAUAUGAUGACGCUCAAUUGUUAUUAAUAUUUUCGAAAAUUCCAGAAUAAUUGCUUUCGGUUUGUAUUCGACGGGUCUUUGUUAAGUGAAGAUUUCGAGUCACGUACGUUAGCGAUAGUGUUUUAAAAAACGUUGAAUUUGUAUAAUAACUAUUUUUUAUGUGAAUUGUUAUACAUUAAAUUACUUUAAAAUAAAA